AUGAAACAAGAAGGAAUCUUCUAUCUUUAUCGUGGUCUGUUGCCGCCCCUAUGCCAAAGAAGCAUGGAAAUAUCCAUGAUGUUCGGUGUAUAUAAGACAGCUAGUAUCGCCCUACAGCCCCUAAAACUAUCCGAGUGUCACGAGAAAGUUGCUUGUAGCGCCCUAGCAGGGACAGCAGAGUCAGUCUUGUGCCCCUUCGAACGAACUAUGCUACUGUUAAUAGACUCCAAGCACCAUAAGCAGUUUAAGAAUACUUGGCACGCCAUAUUUAGGGUCGUAAAACUUUAUGGAACGAAGGAACUUUUUAGGGGUUACACGUCGAUUUUACUAAGAAACUGUUGCCAUAAUAUUUGUUUUUUUAUGGGCAAAGAUGAAAUCAAUAGGAGGAUACGUGGUUACGAAAAUGUACCAGUCGCAGUGCAAAAUGUAAUAGUGGGUUCAUCAGUGGGGGUGCUGCUGGCCUGUUUAUUUUUUCCCCUGAAAGUGGUGAAGGCGACCAUGCAAGAGAAAUUAGGCGGGAGGUUCAAAACAAUCAAGGAAACCGCCCAGGAGAUUUACCAAGUGGACCGUAGAGGCUUAAGGAACUUUUAUAGGGGGUUUAAGUUGAAUAUUUUAAGGUACAUGUUGGGCUGGGGCAUUUUGAAUUUGAGUUAUGAGUUUAUACGUGUAAGGAUUUAA